AUGCGCGUGGUCGUCUUCGGCGCAACAGGCGGACAGGGCAUCGCCCAAAUCUCCGCCCUCAAGGAGGCAAACCACCAUCCCAUCGCCGUGAGCCGGCGACCCCGCGCCGCCUCCUCCCCGCCCAUCGAGACCCGCAUCGCAGAGCUCACCGACCGGGCCGCCGUUCGUGCGGCUCUGUCCGGCGCAGAAGCGGUCUUUCUCAACCUGCCUUCUUUCCAGCCUGCGGACUUCCUCUAUGCUGCUGCAAAGGCGAUUGGUGCCGAGGCCGCCGCGCAGUCGUCGACUCUGAAGAUCAUUGUCUUCAACACGAGCUUCCCCGUCCCUGAGAAGGACGUUGGCAUCGAGGCCCAGGAGCACCGUCGUGAGACGCGCCGGCUGUUGCGGGAGGCGGUCAAGGGGAGCGGCGUGGCGCUGGUUUCGAUACAGCCCGUCGUCUUCCUGGACAACCUACUUGAAGGCUGGGCGCUGCCGCGCCUGAGGGACGAGGGGCGGAUAGUCUACUGCCACAAGCCUGAUCUUGAGGUAUCGUGGAUCUCGCUCGAUAAUUUGGCGCUGUUGAUGGUCGCCGUCUUGACACGGGACCCUGCGGAGUUCGAUGGGAGGGAUAUAGCCGUCGGCGGGCCAGAGACGGUGAGACUGUCUCAGCUUGCCGAGAAGUUGGGCCAUGCGUGGGGUCGAGAGGUCGGGUAUGAGAACCAGACGGUGGACCAGUUCUCUCAGGAGAUGGCUGCGGCGUUGAAAUCUCAAAUGCAGUCUGGCAAGGAAUUGGAAGUUGUCGUGGAUGAGACGAGGCGGGCUUACACGUGGUACAACGACGCCGAGGAGAACCCCUUCAAGGUGGAUAUGGCACCCGUGUUGAAAGAGCUGCAGGUCACACUGAAAGGGAUUGAAGACUGGGGGAGGCUCAAGGGUUGUCCUAUACAAACCAAGUGA